CGUCACUGACCCCAGGUGUGGCACGGGGGAAGAAACAGGUAUCCUGUAGUUGUGCGUAGGUUGCAGACUUCAGUAUUCGCUGUGUUUCUGUGAAACUCUCCUGUAGUUUAGUGGGAGAGUGGAGCAUCGGUGGGUUGUUUAGGCUGAGGAAGGAAGCCUCUUAGCAGGAACAAGCAAUGAAAGGUCUAUAAUUAUCUCCAAGUGCAUUUUGUUUUCCUUUUUUUUUUUCUCCUUGGGAUCCCACAGAGUGACGGACGGCGUUCGGGUUGAAGAAGGGACUCCGCGGGUUGUCCGAAAACAUGGACGAAUGGUGUUGAAAACGUUUUUGUUCAGUAUUUUUGAACUCCAGUACAGUAUAUGAACCCAUGCACUCUUCAGCACACACAUCGAGCUGUUUGAAUCCGUUUAGUUGAGUCAAUAUUUAUGCGUUUGGGACCGCUUGGAGCCAUCUCCACUCUUCCCGUUGAAGGAUUAGGACUGGAGCAGUGAUGGAGGACAUCGACGUCGAGCAGGAGGAGCCGUUCCCCGUGGACCGAGAUGGGAGACGGUUUAGGGGUGAAGAAGACCAGCCUGAUAAUGACAGAGAAAUGGGAUGUUGUGAGAAGUUCCAUCAUUCUAUGUCCAGAUGGAUGCUUCCAGAAGAGCUUCGCGAAAAGUACCUGGAACGGGCCAACUGCUUCCCACCGCCCAUCUUCAUCAUCCUCAUCAGUAUUGCAGAGCUGGCAGUGUUUAUCUACUACGCUGUGUGGAAGCCUCAGAAGCAGUGGGUGACCCUGGAUGAAGGCAUCUGGAACAGCCCGCUCUCAUACAAGCCUGAGUCCAGGAAGGAGGCAUGGCGCUUUCUCUCCUACAUGUUUGUCCACGCUGGUGUGCAGCAUAUUGUGGGCAACCUGGUGAUGCAGCUGCUGGUGGGCAUCCCGCUGGAACUGGUCCACAAAGGAUUUGAAGUGGGAAUGGUUUACCUCUCUGGCGUCUUGGCAGGCUCGUUGGCCAGCUCCAUCUUUGAUCCUUUCAGUGCUUUGGUGGGAGCUUCUGGGGGUGUCUAUGCCCUGUUAGGAGGCUAUUUUAUGAAUGCAGUAGUGAAUUUCCGAGAGAUGAUUCCUCUACUUGGAAUAUUUCGUAUCCUCGCCAUUGUGAUAUUUGUUGGCUCAGAUUUUGGAUUUGCCUUCUACAGAAGAUUUGUCAGCCAGGAGGCUGGAAUGCAGGUGUCCUUUGUGGCUCAUUUUGGAGGAAUCGUGGCCGGGAUGACCAUCGGCUACGUCUUCUUCAGCGCUUACAACCAGAAGCUACUCAAAGACCCACGUUUCUGGCUGUGUAUAGUAGGCUACAUACUCUGUGUGAUCUUUGCUGUGGUUUUUAAUAUCUUCCUGAGCCCAGCACCAUAGGAACAUAAAGCUGCAUUUUUUUAUUUUUUAAAGUUAAGACUAAACGCCUUAAUGUCACACUCAGGAAGCUGUAUUUUAUACUGAUGGUUUUCAGAGCAAAAUAAUGCACAGGGCAUUUCAUAUUUUUCUAUCAGAUUUUCUUCUUUUUAAAAGGUGAAUUUGGAAGUUCAAGGGGAAAGGUGCCUCCUGCUGUUUAUGUGCGUUUUUAAUGUGUUUUUGUUAUUCUUAUUUCUGUGUUCGAGUGUUUUUGUAUUUUUAAAAUAAAAAGUUAGACCUCUUUGUACUUGAACACACUGGUCCAAUUUCAUGUCAUUUUUGUUUAGUAGGAAAUGAUACCAAGACUGUUUUUUUAAAUCAUUGUAUGCUAUUCUGUGCUAAUCUUCUGUUGAAUCAUCAUGGACUCUUAUUGACUUUCAGUAUUCAUAAAAUAUGCCUUAAACAUGUUGAAAUCCUCGCAUUAAAACGUGGAAUUUCAUAAAGACUUGGCUGUUUGACAACCCUAACUAGAAGAAAUGGUUUACAAACAAGUCUCAGGAAAGAAAAAAGGGAUGAAUGCCUACACUGUUGGGAGUUGAUCUUCCUUUUGUAAGCAAAAGAGCUGGUUUACCAUCAGGCCCUGGCUUAAUGCCAUGUUAUUGUUUCAGUCACUUCCUGUUGACAGGGCGUGGCUAAUGACAUGUUGAGUUGUAAAACUGUUGAUUCAUUUUUCUCUUACUGUAUACUUCUCUGUCAUACAUGUUUUUUUAACCUUGGCAAUAUACAGAACUUUGUCCUUAGACAUAAACAUCCAGCUUUUGGAAACACUGGAUACUGUUGGUAAAAUUAAACAGUGGUUGAUAUCGUACAGUACCCAUACUAAACUGUAGGGAAAUCUUUGAAUCUUAGGUGCAAGUUAUAGCUUAGUGACGGCAUAGUUUCUUUUUCAGAAGUCUAGAAAUGACAUGUUACUGGUGUGAGAUUACAGAUUGUAAUACAGGAACAGAUCUUAUGGUAGAAUAUGUACUUAAUUUAUUUAAGAUUACAGGUUUAACUAUGACCAAAGACUAAACAGAAACUUCCUACACUUGGUUUUGAGUUCCACAGCUCAAUGUUUAAAUUAUUUGUAAUAGAAUUUGAUGUUUUCAAUGUAUUUUUUGUCAAAUUGAAUCUGAAUUUAUAGAAAUAGGAUAAUGGCAUUAAUUUUGUCUGAUGAAUAUUUAUACAGAAUUUACAGUGGAGACGUCCAUUUCAUUAAUUAGCAGAUAACCGUGUACUACAGUCUGUUGUGUGAUGGUGCUGGGAUGUAUUUGCCUUCUAUAUGGCUGAAAUCGGAAAUCUGAUUUCAUUGGCCAAUACGAAAUCUGCAAGAUUUCAGCCAUUGUGUCUUAAAUUUAAUAUUUACUGCUUAGCAGUCAUUGCUGUAGUGUUGUUGCAUUUAUUGUUGACAUUGUUUAUUUUCAUAUUAAAUAGUCCAUUAGGGAUCUUGCUUUAAAAUACAGAAAAUAACAUUGUGAGUUACUUAAUUUGGUUUGGUUAGGCCCAGGCCAAGGCCUAAAGAUAAAAGAUACAGUAGCAUCAACUUCAUGAGACAAAAAAAAUGUCUUUCCCAUUUUAGUUUGUAUUGAUGUUUUCUGAAUUAUAAACAUAUAUUACCCACAAAUGAGCAUGUAAACAAACAAACAAAAGUACAUUAAACUGAAAGAAAACAUCACUGCUUGGGAGUUGCAUUUUAGAUGCAUCCAUUCUCCGUUUCCUCCGUGUCCUUUCCAUAGUCUUCGUCGCUGUUUUGGCUCCUGAAUAAUGUUCUUUUCUGCCACUUUUUGUCCAUCUGCGUUUCUUGCCAUCUCAAACGGUCUGUC